AUGAAUGUGUUCUAUGGUAAAACAAAACAGAAUUCGUUAAAAAAAUAUGAAAUUUCAGGUGGAUCUCAGCCUCUCAGUCAACUGAUUACGCGAAGUCCCUCGCUUGUCUAUACUUUGAACGAAACAUUACAUGAUGCUGCUGCGUUGGCAUAUUUCAUUCAGUUCAUGGAAACAAUCGGUCAGCUCAACUUAAUAAAAUUUUGGUUGCAUGUUGAAAGUUUUCAAUGUUCUGCACUUGCGGCUAAAGAGAAAGAUGGAGCUUUAAUUGCAAUGAUUAAGAACGAUGCAUUGUACAUUUACUCGAAAUAUCUAAGCAAAGAUGCACUUUGUUCAAUCACCAUUGCGGAAUCUCUACGAAAAAUGAUUAUGGAUCAUAUCAAUAGGAAGAACAGUUCUGUGGAUCCUUAUUGUUUUUCUGAGGCUCAAAAAUUUGUUCUUGAUAUCAUGGAAAAACGGUACUUCAAGGAAUUUGAGGAUAGUGUCUACUAUAUUAAGCAUCGUAUAGAUGUUAUUAGCAGUGGGGCGAUUACAAUGAAAGACAUCAUGUUAUGUCAACCAUUACUUGGUGCAUUUGUCGAAUAUAUGGAAAAUGAAGAUGGAGGGAAGCUAAUCAAAUUUAUUAUUUCUGCUGAAUCUUUUACCGAACAAUUAUUAAGGACACUAAGCAACGAACAAGCAGUUGAAGAUGCCAUGAUAAUAUAUAACAAAUAUUUUUCGAUGCAGGCCACAGAACCGUUGAAUUUUGGAGCGAAAAUUCGAAUACAAAUAGAAAGUGAUAUUUGUGGAAAAAGUGGUAGACCAUCUGGGGGAUGUUUUGAAGCAGCACGGCUUAUGGCAAUACAUAUUUUGGAACGGAACUAUUUGAAGCGUUUUUCUGCAUCGCCUGCAUUUGUGAAGUACUUACAAAGUCUGAUAGCUCAAAUAGAUAACAGUAUUGAGCUACCGAAUCCGAAUAUGAGUAAGAAAACUUUUGCUAACGGUUAUGAUCAAUUUUCGGAUACUAGUAUGUCUUCAUCAGUCUGCGAGAAGAAAUUGUCUCGCAGUUUAACUUAUCUUGAUCAUUCAUCAUCGGUUUCUCUAGUUCCUACCAGUAAAGAGGAAGAUGAGACAUCUUCGCAGCCAGAUAGUUUAAGUUCGUAUAACACGAAUGUUUCCCGCAGUGGUAGAUCUAAGACGAACAUAUCACUGGCUACAGUAGACGAUAUGGGACGCUAUUGGCCAAUGUAUGAUAAUAGUUUUGGUGGUAAUAAAAAUGCUAGACACAAGCUUAAAAAUAAACUUGAUAAAUAUUUACAUUUCUUCAAUAAAAAAGAAGCAGAAGUAGCUGAUCAGAUUGCUCAACUUAUUGUUGCUGAUGUACAUAAUAUGGUUUCUGCAGGCAGCUCUUUAAAACUUCCUGAUUUGUGA